UUUAUGUUUGGAUUUGCUAAAUUUUUUGGUAAAUUUUUUUUGGAAGAAUUGAAUAAAACAGGGUAUUCGAGUGAAGAUGAAGAAAAUGAAAUUGAAAGAAUUAAUUGGGGAAAUUGGGUAAAGGAAACAGAAGAGUUUUUGAACAAUUGUUAUAUAAUUUGGGAAAAGACAAAACAAACAUAUAUUGAUAAUGCUGAAAGUGCUAAAAUGAAAACAAAAAAAGUAAAUAUUUCUUAA